AUGGAGAACGCUGACCCAAUUUUCACUCCCUCGCCCUUUGAAAACAACCAGACUAAGGAUAGACUGAGGAUGCGUUUCAAGCGCCUCGCGGACUGUACCCACGCCGCUACCGCACCUGAUUCAACACCAAACGGUGAGAAUAUCGAUGGGGAGAACAAAAACACGGAAGCCGACCACACCUCUCCUGACAACAGCCUCGAUGAGAAGAAUAGCGAUGAUGCCAACGCUCCAGGCUACCUAGGUAGGUUGAAGGGCCUUUACAUUCUAACAUGA